UCGCAGCCCACGCUUCUCGCCAAACGGUUUUCCUGUAACAGGUCAGAGGCCGAACAAGCAGCCCCUCUGCUCUGCUCUGCUCUGCUCUGCUCCGCGCCGGGGCGUUGGUGAGGGUUUGCCGGAGGUAGCGUUAUGGGGAGCCCAACGAGAGAAGCCCUGCGGCAGGUCCUGGGCGAACUGAGACAUGAGGAGCUCUGGGCACUGAAGCAGGGGCUGGAGGAAACCCCGCUGCAGGAGGGCUCCGAGCCGCUUCCCCGGGAGAGACUCUGGGGCGCGGAGCCGGCAGCACUCGCUGACCUGCUGCUCAACAGGUGUGGAGAGCGCGGCAGCCUGCGGGUGGCUGUCCGGGCUCUGCGGACCAUGGGCCGGGGAGACCUGGCAGAGAGACUCAUGGACACGCCGGGAGCCGGUGCCAAUUUUGUUGAUUAUCACCGGGAGCAGCUCAUUAAACAAGUCUCCUCAUUGAUAUGCAUCCGGAAUUUGCUGUAUAAGAAAGCCCUGGACCGUGAGCAAUAUGAGAGCAUCCUGGCUGAGACAAGCGACAAAGGCAGGAUGAGGAAGCUGUUUGAGCUGGUGUCGAGCUGGGACAUGUGGCGCAAGGACCAGCUGUACCAGGCAUUGAAGGCAACAAACAGCUGCGUCAUCGAGGAGCUAGAGGGAAAACUGGGCAUUUUGCAAGUAGCUCCCUCAGGGGAAGAGGAGGAAGAGGAGGAAAAGGAGGAGGAUCCAGGCACAAGGUACAAGAAUAUGCUUCAGAAAGGGGAACAUUUUGUGGAUAGGCAUCAAGAACAGCUGAUUCAGCAGGUCUCUUCAGUGGACACAGUCCUGGGUCAGCUCUGUGAGUGUGCGCUGAGCACUGAGCAAUACCAGAGCAUCAUGGUAGCAAAGACCACCAGGGACAGAAUGCAGAAGCUGUACGAGCUGGUGCCGAGCUGGGACACACACUACAAGGACCUGUUCUACAAGGUGCUGAAGGAAACAAACCAAGACCUCAUUGAACAUCUUGAAGGAGAACACACUGUUGAGAAGUACAGAAAGAUGCUGAUCGCAAAAACUCGCAAAGUGGAUAGAGUCCUAGGCCUGCUCUCUGUAGCUGUGCUGGACAUUGAGCAAUACCAGAGCAUCAUGGCAGAGAAAACUGACAGAGGAAGAAUGGAGAAGCUGUUUGAUUUGGUGCCUCAGUGGAAGAACACAAGAUACAAAGACGAGCUCCUCUGGGCAAUAAAAGCAACUCAAUUCUUAAACUGCUCAGACAUUACAGUUCACCCAGCAGAACUUUUUAUCGAUUGGAACCGUGAGGAGCUGAUUCAGCGAGUGUCCUCCAUGGACACGGUCCUGGACCUGCUCUACCAGGAUGGGCUUCCCACUGAGCAAUAUGAGAGCAUCAUGGCUGAGAAGACCGACCAGGAGAGACUGUGCAGGUUGUACCAGCUGGUGCCAAACUGGGACAUAUGGAGCAAGGUCCGGCUGUACUACACUCUGAAAGCAACUAACCGGUUCUUCACUGAAGAACUCAAAGGAUCCUGUACCAUUAGGCAGUGGCCAAAGGUUCCUACAUCAAGAAUUAAAGUUUUAUCAAAGAAACAUUUUGUUGAUCAGCACAAAGAACAACUGAUCCAGCAAGUGUCCUCAGUAGACAAAGUCCUGGGUCUGCUGUCCAUUGAUGUGCUGAGCCCUGACGAAUACCAGUUCAUCAUGGCAGAGGGGACUGACAGGGAGAGGAUGCAGAAGCUGUACAAGAUGGUGCUGAGGUGGAACACAGUGAGCAAGGACCAGCUGUACUGGGCCCUGAAGAAAACCAACCAAAACCUCAUCACAGAACUGCAGGGAACCUCCAAGCCAUCUGAGUUAUCUGGUUCCAGUCUCAGCCAAGACACAUUGGUGGCAGGAGGGAAACACAUUGUUGAGGAGUAUCAAUGGAAGCUGAUUGCAAGCACUCAUGCUGUGGAGAAAGUUGUGGCCCUGCUGUCUGCAGAUGUGCUGAACCCUGAGCAAUACUGGAGCAUCAUGGCAAGCAGAAGUGACCAGGAAAAAAUGUAUAAGCUGUAUGAGCUGGUACCUCUCUGGGACACAAGGCACAAGGAUGAACUCUUCUGGGCAGUGAAGGCAGCUGGACCUUUCCUACGAAGGCGUUGUGAUCUUUCUGAGUUAUUGGACCUUUACCCCUGGGAAGGAAAUGAAGAUCAAACAAGGGAAUUUUUUCUUGAUUGGAACCGUGAGGAGCUGAUUCAGCGAGUCUCCUCAGUGGACACAGUCAUGGACCUGCUCUACCAGGAUGUGCUGGACCCUGCACAAUACCACAGCAUCAUGGCCGAGGGGACCGACCAGGAGAGAAUGCGAAGGCUGUAUGCAUUGGUCCCACGCUGGGACACACGAAGCAAGGACCGGCUGUACUGGGCUCUGAAGGCAACUAACCGGUUUCUCUUCCCAGACCUAAAGGAAUCAACUUUCUCCUUGUCAUGGCUGUAUAGUUCCACAGCAAGCGCUUCAGGGAAACAUUUUAUUGACGAGUACCAAGAGCAGCUACUACACCGAGUCUCCUCAGUGGACGACGUCCUGCAUCUGCUCUCCAGGCAAGGUCUGGACCCAGCACAACUCCAGAGCAUCCAAGCUGAGAGAAACAACCAGGAGAGACUCCGGAAGCUGUUCAAGCUGGUGCCAACAUGGGACACAGAACAACAGCAUCGUCUGUAUUCGAUUUUCUGGGACACAAACCCUUUCCUCAUGGAAGAUCUUCAGGCUUUUCCAGAGGGUCGAUUUGAACAUUUCAUCAGGAGGCACCAAGAGGAGCUGAUUCAGCGAGUCUCCUUGUUGGCCGGAGCCCUGGGUCUGCUCUCUAUGGAUGUGCUGCACCCUGAGCAGUACCAGAGCAUCAUGGCAGAGGGAUCUGACCAGGACAGGAUGCGGAAGCUGUACGAGCUGGUGCCAACCUGGGGCACAAUGGGCAAGGACCAGCUGUACUGGGCCCUGAAGCAAACCAACCAGGAUCUCAUCACAGAACUGCUGGGUUCCUGGACUGGUUCAUCACACUCUUCCAUAUUGAAUCCACAAGAUGAGAUGAUGUUUCUUCUUCCCCUGUUCCUCAAAGGGUCUUCCGUGUCUCAGGGAUCAGAGCAAAGGACUUCAGUACUCGAGACCUUUCACUCUGCCUCACUUGUAUCAAGUCCCCUGAGUGGUUUAAUUCACCCUGAUGAAUGGGACUCACCAGCUGGGACAUCAUGGUUGCCUUGUCCCCACAUCUCCCCAGGAGACAAGAGCAAAGGAGAAGAGGCCCAUGUGGAAACCUGGGGACAAGAAAGCUGUAACCUGUGUGCCGGGGAAGAGGAGGCAACCCCAGAGGAAAUCAAACCAGAAGCCAUGCAGGGAGCAGCUGGGGACCUGGAGACAUACAGAGUUCAUCUCUCCCACUCAGGAUUAUUCUGUUGCUCUGAAACCAAGCUCUGGUUCAAGGUGAGAGCAGAAGUGACCAUCACAUACAAGUACAAUUCCUGGCGUCAGUGCCUGGCAGACGUGGAUCAGCAGCGAUGGAUGGUCGCCGGUCCUUUGUUCAGCAUCCAAGUGGAAACCCCUGGAGCUGUGGCAGCCAUUUACCUUCCACAUUUCCUGUGUCUUGGAGGGGGACAGAUCGACAGGACCCAGGUGCAGAUCGCACACUUUAUUGAUGGGGGCAUGACCCUGGAGAAGCCGACAAGGGUGGGGUCAUCCCAUGCCAUGCUGGAGAACCCCAGCUUCUCUGUAUUUGGAGUGCUUUGGAACUGGCUUUUGUCUAAGAUGGUACCUCGAAUCCAUGCUUUGGUGCUGCUGUAUUGGGCACAGAUAGCUCCCCAGACCACCCUGAACCUCUACCUGAUCCCCAAGGAUACUUCCAUUGUACAGGGCAUUGACAAGUGUGAAAAGGAGCACUCCUCAAUAAAACUGCAUAAACCCUCUCAAACCAGAAAGCCCUUGCAUAUUGGCUCCCAUUAUGCUGUGUCUAGCCCCUUUGGCCUUGAGAUAACACCUGAGGAUCUCCAGCUUCGCUACUGGGGCCCAGAGGAGGUGCAGCCAUUUGUACAAAUCCACACCAGUAGCAUGGAGGAGAAGCUGGAGCUCCAGGUGAAAGACGAAAGUAGCAAGGAAUUGGUGUGGAAGGGCAUUGUGAGACAAGAAGAAGUAGCACUCGCUGUAUCCUCCACACACAUGCUGACAAUGGUCAUCGGACGUGAAAAGACAAGAAGCCGACAGGAACAUUUGCAGAAAGCCUUGGAUGAGUUGCAGAAGGAUGAUUUGAAAAGAUUCAAGUCUACUCUUAACAACAUGACCCCACCAGAUGGGUAUGAUAAGAUCUCCAGGGGGAGGAUGGAGGAGGCAGACAGCCUGCGCAUGUGUGAGCUGCUGAUAGGGUACUACACCACAGACGGGGCUGUGGAGAUGACCAUUAAGGGUCUGAAGGAAAUCAACCAGCGAGAGCUGGCCAGGCAGCUGGAGGAGGCCACCACAUGAGUGCCUGGAGAAGUUCCCACAUCUUCCUUCCUGGCCAUGGCUUUUAUUGGACCUUAACCUGACUGUUGUAGUGUGCUCCAGUCUUGACUGUCCCUGGGACGUGUUUCUGUCUGCCAUGCCACGCUGUCCAGUGCAGCAGGGGCAGCACUCAAAAGCAUCAAAGGAACUCAGUGCCAAAGGAAAGGCUUCUCUCUCUCCUUCCUUUCUUUCCCUGCGUGAGAGCACAGCUGGGCACAGGACCCAUGAGUCCACACAAGGUGGCAUUGUGCCUUAGCCCUUGAGCUACCUUCUCCUUCUGACUGUGCUUACCAUGGAGGUCUGACCAGGUCACUCACCUUGUCUGGGUGCCUUCUGUUUCAAAGUCCUGGAGGAGCCAUGUACUGCUCAUUGCCUGAUGGUGAGAAGCAGCAGGAGCAUGAGUGUCCCACCUGCUCUUGAACUUGUUCCAAGGAUCUAAUAAACCAUCCCUUUACGUA